CAGGCCCCCUGCGCAAUGAGGUCAUUCGUCAAGAACUUAGAAUCGAGCGAUUGACCAACCAGGUUCAAGAGUUGACUCGGCUCUACAAGAAAUGUGAUAGAAAUCGUAAGAAAACCAAGCGUUUCCUCAUGUCCGUGAUAGAGAAAUAUCGAGGUGAUAACGUGCAUUUGUCCUUGGACAAGUGCUAUCAGUAUUGUCAUGACCAUAAAUUCAGCGCCCAAGUGUGCGACGAGGUCUGCUCGUACGAGAUGAAGGACAGCCCCUGCACCCUCUGGCAGUUCGAUUCAAUGCGAUCCAAAAAUUAUAACACUGCCCCGUCCAUCGACUACUCCACACCUCCCUACAUUCGGGUGGAACGAACCACCACGGAAACGGCCCAAGAAACAUCAACCUUAUUCCCACACUUUUUUCCCGAAACAUCCACCGUCCACAAACCUUUGGACCCAUCCGAGUCUGUGACGAACCACGAAUCCCCAAUGCACCCAACCACUGACACCAGUACAAGUAUUGAGUCGCCUGAGAACAACAACUUGACCAGCCCUGUUUGGAACCCCACGGAGAGUACCGAGCCCUCAGUGACAAUGGACAAGGUGUCCCUCUACGAAUAUCUCUUUCAAUUUUUCUUCACUUUCAUCAAGGACGAGGACAGCUUCCACACGACCAAAUCCCGUCCAGAGCCAAAGCCCAGCACCCCGAAAUAUAGUGCUCUAAUAGAAUUCAAGAGACCCAAGCGAGCAGCUCUCUCGACAGAUCGAAUGAGGCGAUCACCCAAGUCUGAGUCAGAUGAUAAAUCUGUGAUAAAUUCCCGGAGAGUGGACAAUUUCUCCACUGUAAAAAACGCUGACGUGAGUGGUCAGCUUAUAUUGUCGAAACGGCUCUUGAACCCUCCACCGUGUUCAACAUUGACUUGUGUGAUUAAUAACGAGCGAACAGCCACUGUUUGUUUAAGCAUCACUGAGAAUUUCGACAAUGACCAAAUGCAUGCAAUGUUGAGGCCCGUCAAUGAUCAUGAAGGACAGGAGCACUUCAACGUACUCUACCGUGAGAAUUGGACUCACGCUGCCCGAGAAGUGAUCAACAAAUUCGAACAAAUUGUGAUACGCAAGGCCAAGACCGAAGGUUACGACGGAGGGGAUUCGGAGGACUCGGUCCAAUGGAACUUCAGUGGAGCCCUCCUCUAUUCUGUCACUGUCAUUACCACCAUUGGCUAUGGAAAUAUUGCUCCGAAAACCAGUUGGGGUCGAAGUGUCACUAUGAUUUAUGCCAUCUUUGGAAUGCCCCUCUUCCUCAUGUGGGCCUCUCAGAUGGGCACACUUUUGGCUCAUUCAUUCCAGCUCGUGUACUCAACCAUUUGCUGUGGGAUUUGUCGGCGAGGUAAACGGAAACGGGCCAUGUCACGGAUGAGGAAGAAUGAGCAGCUUCUCUUGCAGCAGAAGCAAAAGCAGCAGGAAACCGUGUCCUUGCCCGGAACCGUGGACAAGGAGAAACGCAUCGACGGAAGUAUCAGUACAUCAGCAUCCAAUACUUUGCCCCCGAGCCGUGUGCCACUUCCAAACACGACCACGCCCAAAGUGCACCAUUUUCAAGUGAACGAGUCCGAGCCUGCCUUGAGUUUGUCGUCCACGUCGAACUUGUUGCCCAAUAAGGCUCAUAUGGCGGCAGACACCCCAGUUCACGCUCCCCUUGCUCUUGCCACACCUUUCGUAUUUAAUCAGCAUCAUUUGGAAAAAAAAACGGCCCAGAAAGAGAUAAUGGACCCGCAUGUGAAGGAGCUCCUAUCUACUUGUGCCAAAUAUAAUCUCGAUCAGGGGCCUAAUGGAAAAGAUGAUGGCUGCUCAGCCGAAGUGCUCGAGGAGAUUCGUCACGUGGAGGCUAUCGAAACUAUUCGCAAUCAAUCGGCUGUGUCCGUGAUUGUGAAUCCCAACUCUCCGCGUUCCCCAACGUCUCCGGGGCCUUUGCCCCGUCCACCGCCUCAACUCAGUGAUGACACCACCACCGUCAUUAACGGUUCCACUCCCCUGGCCAUGCGUCGGGCACGCCUAGGACAUCCGACUGUCGUUUCCGUUUCCGUUGAAGGAAACAACACUCCUGUGACGAGCCUGCUCGGGUCUCCGUCAAUACUCAAGUCGCCUCCCCCUUACUCUCCCAAUCCUUUGUCGAAGCUUCAGACCAGCAGAGAUCCCUCUCCCGUAACCUCAUUACGGCUGGGCGCUGAUGGUGGGAGUCUUAAUGGUAUUGGCAGCUCAGAUAAAGAUGACAAUGCUUCGUCCGUCAUUAAGGUAUCGGUCCAACCUCGGAUGCACGACAACUCCUCCAGUCUUCAGGACCGCGUGCCAGUUCUCCCCGUUCUGAUCUUCGUGGGCGGAUACAUCUUUAUCGGUGCUGGGAUAUUCUCGACGUGGGAAAAUUGGUCCAUGCUUGAGGGUGCUUACUUCUGUUUCAUCACGUUGACUACCAUUGGAUUUGGUGACUUCGUUCCCGGCGAUGCCGUCCUGAACGAUACCUCGGAAAAUGGCCAGGCGAAGCUCCUCAUUGCCUGCAUUUAUGUCCUCAUGGGACUGGCUGUGGUGGCCAUGAGCAUCAAUCUCGUUCAAGAAGAGAUCAUGGGCAAGUUCAGACAAUUGGCCAAGGACAUGGGAAUCAUAGACGACGACGAUGACGACCUAGUAUCUGCUUGAUCA